AUGGCUUCCAUGGAGACGGCAACAGAAACUGUCCCUGAUAAGGAAAGAUUAGAAGAAAAGAGGUUGUUGAAAAUGGUUGCCGGAGCAUACUACAUACCGAAGGGAACAAGUGGGUUGAAAGGUCAGGGCGAUGAUGCUCUCUUCAUAUGUGAAGAGAAACAAACAAUUGGUGUUGCAGAUGGCGUGGGUGGUUGGGCCGCCAUGGGUGUCGACCCGGGAGAAUAUGCCAGACAACUCAUGGCUAACUGUUUGGAGGCAAUAUUAAUGGAACCAGAGGGGGAGGUUGAUCUCAGAAGAGUUCUGAAUCAAGCUUUCUCAAACACCAAGGUUAAAGGAGCAUCAACAGCCUGCAUAAUGAAACUGAUAGACCAUAUAUCUACGUGUGAUGUAGAAUCAGGAGACAUGCUUGUAGUCGGCACAGACGGGCUGUUUGAUAACAUGUUUGAGGGGGACAUUAGAGACAUUGCAAGAAUGGGGGCUGAGGCAGGUUUAGAUCCAGAGCAGGUGGCUUGGGCAGUAGCUGAGCAUGCUCAUCACAAUUCAUUGAACAGGAAAGCUUAUACACCAUUUAUGCAAGCUGCUUUGGAUUCUGGAAGAGUGUUUUCUGGAGGCAAAGCUGAUGAUAUAACUGUCAUAGUUGCUUACAUUGUUGAUGCUUAG